GACUUGCUAAAGCUAAUACAUACGCGGCACUAGCGAACGAGAGACAAAAUGGCAAUACAAAGUACGAAGUACGACGAAGAUCACCUAGUUCUUGUUGCUCCCACGACUGAGUAAUCAUCUUGAUCAUUUCCUUAUCAAAAGUUCCCAAAGACAAGUCACCCAAGAUCCUGAAUUCGAGUCGACCUCAGCUGCGACAACAGUAGGAGUAGGUAUUUUUUGAAAUUUCCCUGUACUUUGCAAUUUUAAUGUCAUGCGUUUGCUAUCAUCCUCUGACCUUGUUUCUAAAUUUUUGGCCUCAGGCUUUCAUGGUUUAGAAUAGCCCCUCUUCUUAGCUGGGUAAUUAGACAGUUUGUUAUAGGCAAACUGUGGAGGCACAGGUAGAUUGAAAUUUUUUUGUGUUCCUUAGCUUUCUGUCGUUUUGCGUCCCUGAGGCAACUAGCAGUAGGAGAAAAUGACGACCGCACAUCGGCCGACGUUCAACAAUGCCCUUGGUGGGGAGAACCAGGGCGGCAACUUGAUUAUGGCUCCGACGCACAAGAAAUGUGCCAGGGACCAGCCGCAAGAACUCACUAUGAAGCUUCGAGAAGCUCCGUGGAAGACGCGCGCCGAAAUCCAAGAGGAAAUCGAGAAGCAAGCCCAAGCCGAAGAAGAAGCUAAAUUGGGCAGCGAACAGAAGGGAGGGAGUUCAGCGAGUAGUAGUGCGGGAUUUUCAACGAAAAGUAAGAAGAGUAACAAGUCAGCUAAGGCGUCUUCAGAGAGAUUACUUCCUGCAGAUGAUGAUGAUGACUCCGACGAUGGCUUGAGCUCAGUAGGUGGUGGCGCAGCUAGUAGUGUAUUUGGCGGAGGUGCAGCCUCGUCAUCUUCAAAAAUAACUAGAGUAGGACUGAUAAAUAGAGAUGGAGGUUUGAGCGCAAACGUGGCAGGGUUCACUAAGUUGCCGGUUUUAGAAGGUGAUAAUCCGUUUCCAGAGGACGCCGAUGCGGAUUUUGACUCAGACGUGGACGCUGGAACAAGGAAAAAAGCCGACAAAGACUCGGACGACGAUAGCGAUAGUGACUCGUACUUUUUUUGGGAUUUUUUUGAGAUCACACGGCUGGUAUUGAUACUGAAAUUAUGGCUAACUGACUGAGACUGUUACUGAUUGAUGACGAAAUGCUUGUUUAGGAUUCAUUGACGAAGAUCUUUAGAAAUGAAAAUCACAAUCAGAGGAUCAGGGCAGAGACCAUAGCUGUACCUUCUAAAUGAUGACACACUGUAAAAAGAAUUUCAUCACUUUGAUCUGACCAUCUUAGUGAGGAAAAACUUUACUCGCGCUUGGACUGAACUUCAAGGUGUAUCUUGGACCUGCUCUACUCAGCGUUGCUGUAGGUUUUAACGGACUAUGUAGGAAGGAUCUGCACAAUCACCCAAGUAAAUACUGAGGGUCACUCUUUCGAUCAGCUUCUAAAGAUCAUACCAAUCUCUUAAAACUUGUUGACCUUGACCCUCCGCCCUGUAGUAACUCUUACAUGAUGACAACCUAAAAGAAUUUCAUCACUUUGAUCUGAAGAUACAAGUGAGGAAAAACUUUACUCGCGCUUGGACUGACAAUGUAUGGAACCCCCCUCAGAUUUAGUUAUAGAAGACCAAAAUCAGUCACCAUCUUCAUCACCAUCUUCAUCACGUGGAUCUAAAACUAAACUUCCACAACUCAAACCUAAAUCACAGUGAUAGCGAUUACGAAGCAUUGCAGCGAGAAUUGGCCAAGAUCCGGCAGGAGAAAGAGGAUGCGAAACAAAAGGUACUAUCAUCUGGAGCUUUUGAUGAUUUUUUGGAUUUAGUGUUAGAUUUAGGUACUCGUGGUGCAGGACAAAAAAAGAUCUGCUAAAAGUGAUCCCGCCAUUCGCUUUCCCCACACAUCCAAUAGGAAGAGGAGGAGGCUGAGAAGAUCGCUGAGGCCGAUAGGCGAGAGGGCAUUGGCGCUUCUAAUCCGCUGAUCAAUAGCAACCAGUCAUUAAAAAGGGCCUGGAACGAGGAUACCGUGUUCAAAAACCAGGCUAGGACAGCGCCAAAGGUGCAGAAGCGCUUUAUCAACGACAACGUGAGAAGCGACUUCCACAAGCGUUUUUUGCACAAGUACAUGGCGAUGUAG